CAACACAACACUGGCCUGUCUGUCUUAAUAAUAAGUCAUAUGACAGUUGAAAGUGCUGUGGAAGUUGGAGAGAUGAAUCCUUCUCCUCAGGGCCUUUGGAGUUAUUAAACUGGACUGGUUUUGGAGUUAUUAAACUGGACUGUUUUUUUUGGAAAAUCAAAAAAAGGCCUCUCAAAACUAACGCCCAAGAGAGAGAUGGCUGCAGCACCAAGCUGCCCAAGUAUGCCAACUGCUGGUUCUCUACGUCGUCGUGCCAUGGCGGGGCAGUGUAUGACUAAGGUGCAGCUGACAGUGUCCUGUGAGAAUCUGCUGGACAAGGAUACCUUCUCCAAGUCAGACCCACUCUGUGUCCUGCUGAUGAGGUCAUCUGAAUCACAGUGGAUGGAGGUGGGCCGCACUGAGAUGGUGUUGAACUGCCUCAGCCCAAAGUUUUCCAAGCGGUUUGUGUUAGACUACUGCUUUGAGGUGGUGCAGACGGUGAAGUUUGAGCUGUAUGACAUUGAUGACGGAUCAGUGGCCCUGAGCAGUCAAGACUUCUUGGGGGCGUUUGAGAGCACACUUGGUCAGAUUGUGUCCAGUAGGAAGCUGACUCGGCCACUGGUCCAAUCGGAUACGAAGCCUGCAGGCAAAGGCACCAUCACGAUUUUUGCAGAGGAAAUCAAUGACAACAGAGUGGUGCACUUUGAGAUGGAGGCCAGAGAGCUGGACAAGAGGGGGUUCUUUGGGAAGUCGGAUCCUUUCCUGGAAUUCUACAGACACGUGGACAUGGGAUGGCAGCUUGCUUACCGGACAGAGGUAGUGAGAAGAAACCCCAACCCCUGCUGGAGGCCCUUCAAGAUCCCCAUGCAGAGUCUGUGUGGUGGAGACAUGGAAAAAGUCAUUAAGGUUGAAAGCUACAACUAUAAAAGUAAUGGUUCACACUGUCUUAUUGGGAUGUUUGAAACAACACUUACCAACUUAGCCAAAGCUUCACGCUCAACACCGGCUGAGUUUGAGUGCGUGAACGUGGCGAAGAAGAAAAAGAAGUACAAGAACUCGGGGGUCGUGAGCGUCAAGCUAUGUGAGAUUAGAAAGGAGUACACCUUCCUCGAUUACAUCAUGGGAGGAUGUCAACUCCACUUUGUGGUUGGAGUCGACUUUACCGCGUCCAAUGGUGAUCCUCGGUCUCCCACGUCUCUGCACCACAUCAGCCCCGAUGGGGUCAACCAGUACCUGAAUGCCAUCUGGUCUGUGGGCAUGGUGAUCAAGGACUACGACUGUGAUAACUUCUUUCCUGCAUUUGGGUUUGGAGCUCAGCUUCCACCGGAUUUCAGGGUCUCUCAUGAGUUCCCCAUGAACUUCAACCCCACAAAUCCCUGCUGCCAAGGCAUCGAAGGCGUGGUUGAGGCCUACAGGAUGUGCCUUCCGCAGGUGGAACUCUGUGGUCCGACAAACUUCUCUCCCAUCAUCAACCGUGUCGCAGGGCUGGCUCGCCAGGCGUCCAGCCAGAAAGCAGCUUCACAAUACUAUGUGCUGCUGAUCAUAACAGACGGUGAGAUCACAGACAUGCAGGACACCGUCUCGGCCAUCGUCACCGCCUCGCGUCUGCCCAUGUCCAUCAUUAUCGUGGGUGUGGGCAAUGCCAAGUUCACUGACAUGGACAUCCUGGACGGAGACAACACUCGCCUGACAGCCUGCAACGGCGACGUGGCCGGCCGAGAUAUCGUGCAGUUUGUGCCAUUCCGAGACUUCCAGAAUUCUGGUCAGGCAGCGCUAGCUCAGUGUGUGCUGGCUGAGCUACCAGAGCAGGUGUCUUCCUACUUCAGAAUGGUUCGCCUGGCGCCCGCCGGGGAUCUUGCCCAUUCUACUGCAGAUCUCUAGGUCAGCUGGUCUUUUCACCGGACCCGACCCACCCUGAACUGACCAGUGCACAGCAAGACAACUGUCGACUACUUCAUGUCAUUCGUCAAUAAUGGUGUUACCUCUCUCAAAUCUCACAUGGACAUGCCCUGCCCUCACAUACUAUAUUCAUAGUGUGAGAAUUGUAAUGCUCAGCAAUGGAUUUAUUAACCAUGGACUACACAGGGAUGAAACUGAAACAGGAGAACUGUCAAGUGUGCUAUGUUUGGACUUCUUCUUUCACCAACAGACACAGACACAGACACGCACAGUAUGCAAAUAAUAAAAACAUGCCAUGCAAUGCAUUGUGAAUUACUGUACUUAAUAAUUUUGCCAUAGGGAAAAGUAUUUGUGUAGGGUAGUUGAUUAAAAUGCAAUGCUGUGUAUCUUACUUUCCCCCUUUUCAUGCCUUUGCACUGCUUGUGUUUCUCCACCAGGGGUCAUUAUUCAG